CUGCCAGGCGCGACGCGAGUCAGUAGUGCCCGUGUGUAAAAGCCUAUCCGCCAGUCUUCUUCGCUACACUUCGGCCGCGCUCGGUCGAUCCCGCUCUCUCGGGCUCCUCUUCUCUCCCUUUUCCCUCCUCUAUCGUGUGCGCGCGAUCGUUACUCUGAGAGAACGUCCGCGAGCGCCGUGGAUCCGCGGCAAGUGAAAAGCCGAUGAGAGUUCGUACGACGAGAGUUUCCGGAUACGACACGGGAUAGGACAUUCGGCGUUCGACGCCUGUCAUCGGCGGAUACCAGCGCGCUGGUAUUGCGACGACUCGAUUCCCGAAUAACGACCGCAACCCGAAUUGGAAUACUCGUUGACGUUUGAGCGGCGUGGGUAGAGAAACUGUGCGCUGCAGUGCCCUCUCAAUGGGGAUACAGAUAUCCCGUGAGAUAUUGGGAGAGUAUUUCCCGUGAGAGAUUUGAAUGAUACUUGUAUAAUAGCUUGAAUAAUGUAUAUCGCAUCGAGGAAUUGAAGAGCUCUGAAAUUAAUCAAGGAAGCAUAAUAUUGUGCUUUCCGUUAACGAAAUCUAGACUGAGAUCAAGACGGCAGCGCGGUUGUUUUGCAAACGGAAACUUUGAAUAUCGGUUAUACAAUAUGAAGCAGGAUUUCGCGUUAAAAUUAAGGAGGUUCUAGUUGAUUAAAGCAUAUACAAUAUUCUAUCCUAAUAGUGUGAAAAUAUUAAGUUUAAGAUAAAACAACGAUACGAAGACAGAAAAUCUAUAUAAUUACAAGUUAAAGCAGGAUAACUUGAAUGAAGCGAUCUCGAGAUAAACAACAAGACAUUUAAACUUUGAAAUUGAUCAAGGGGACCAAUCUCUGAUAUUCAACAGGACAAAUUAAUUGUGCAGAUAGCAGAUCUAAGCAACAAUCGCCAGCAGAAUAGGAUAGCGAGAUUAAAUAGUUUAUUUUUGGAGCGCUUCUCUCUCUCGAGACAGAGCAUGCUCUCUCGAAUAGCAACACAUAUGCAGCACGAGACAAAAAAUAAACACAAGUCGAGACAGGAUAACUGACACGAUAUCGAAAUAAGCGUUGGAAUUAAAUAUUCUGCAUUCGACCACACGCGAAUUAAAAGGAAUAUUUAUAAACUUGAUAUCCGGCACGAGACAACGCACAUCCGCUGCGUGUUCCCGUAGAGUCCGCGUAUCCAGCACAAGAAGAGACGAGUCUCAACUGCGACGAGCGCGAUCAAGCCGGUCGUUGCACUUCGCCUGCUCAUUCUGGUAAAUCUCCUCCGGGGACGCCUCCUCGCAAUAUACCGUUACUAUCACGAUCGGACGAGGCCUCCGCCUCUUGUCUCGUGUUUUACUCGCACGACUGUUCCACAUCAGACUUUCCGAUUUAAACGAGAACGCUUCGAGUGUUUAUUUUUUGUAAGACAUCGCGAAUCGGACUAAAAGGAUUUUAGUUCGAGGUCGUAUCAACAGAUUACAAUUAGUCCGCGUAUAAUCAAAUCGACGACAAAACGAACUUCGGAUAGGAAGAAGCGUGUGACUUCUCGAUCAUUCUCGAAAACAUCCAGUAAAUUUCAAGCUAGUGUAAAAAGUGUUGAUCGUCGCGUGGAAAGAGGACAGUCGGGCGAUACACGAGAAAAUUUCAAUCGCUGUUAUGCGCGCGCUAACCGAAGCGAUGAAGCAUCGCGCGAUCAGCUGACUAGUCGAGUUAUUCGGCGGCCGUACCGCUGAUAAGGACACUAUCCGAGACAAGCACCCCGGGCGACACCCGCCGCCCGCUUGUUCUGUCAUGACAUUUGGCACGCCAUUCCACACCGAGAAGUCGCAGUUAGCCAGCGAGAAUUCCGCUCGGACCGGCAGUAUGGCGGUCGAAGAGGGGAUGCUGGGCGGUGGCCUGGGCGCAAAAUUAAAAUGCCCGACUCCAAUAUCGCGGUUGAGGGUGGAAAAGAUCGAGGGCGGUCUGAUGGUCGCCGGCGUAGUAAUAGCGGCGAACUGCCAGAUCGCACUUCCGGCAUUCGGUACCCUCUUCAUGCUCGUCGGCGCCGUACUCACUGCUGCGUCUUAUCGCGGUCCCGGUGAGGACGAGGAUAAGAAUUCGUAUGCCGCGCGCAUCGCCUUUACUGGCAAUUCCCGUAUCUUGGGGCCGAUUUGCAUAGUUGUGGGCGCCCUUAUGCUUGCCCUUGGCGUCCUGCUCUGCAUGCUUACAAGACGCGCCAGACGAAGGGAACGCAGAGUGGGCUUCCAUUGCCCGCUUCACGGGGAUUUCUACCCUCUUAGUCCAGUUCAGGGUAUCAAGAUGUUUGGGGUAUCUGGCAAGGACGUAAGUGGAUGGCCGAAGAUCCCGUGUCUGAAGGGUCGUGCUUCUAGCAAAGGGGGAAGCGGCAUGGGAGGACCACACGUGGGUCCACCACAGUGUCCGCACUCUGUUUUGAGCAGCACUCGCAGCUCCGUGAGUAGCUCGCCUAUGAGUCCGUGCCCGACCCCCAUGCCCUUCCUGGUGACUUCGGGCUCCGUCAGUAGCGGCAUGGUGCAAACCGUCGGAGCCAAUUUAUCGCCGGACCAAACAUUCGGAUCGAUCCGGUCGCUCUCGGUGACGAGGGAAGUUGCCAGUUUUCCUCUGUCGCGAACACCCACGCCGCCCCCGCAGCAUAGAACGUCGGCAUCGCUGGCGGCGAACCCCGAGGAGCUGGUGGGCGUCGAUAGCCCUCUAAGGGAGGCCUCCCCCAGGCCGGAGGUGCGCGUGGUCGCGCCAUCCCAUCGGCCGCCACCGACGUCCGUCCUGGCGGCGGCAAACGGCGGCCACCAUCACCACCAUCAUGCCGUCUCCACGGCGAACCGCAAAUCCGUCAGCAUACUGCUGCCCGAGCAAACCAGCGGAUGACCCCAGUUGCUGCAGCAGCAGCAGCAGCAGCAUGGCUUCGUACACCGUUGCGACGAGGCACCGCUCUCGAUUUAAGAUUCGUCGCUCGUCUUCGAGAGGACAUUUCCGACUAAGACGACGAUGAUGACGGGCGAACGCGUGAUCGUCCGGGUAACUGAGAAUUAAUUAAUCUCGUGAGUUCGCAUCACGCCUCCGAUCGGGCACAAUCUUUACGUACAGCGCACGAGUAACGCAAUCAGUCAUAAAUACGCUGGCUGGCUCGUUAAGGAACGAGUGAUUGAUGACCCGUUAAUGUCAUAUAACAUCAACCAUAGUUUGACUAACUCCUCGUACGUAUAUAGUUAGCUUGAUCGUUGUAGAUGCGAGAUCUCGAGAGAGAGUUAAACUAUGGCCGAUGUUAGGAGAGUGGCCGCGUGAAACGACCGGUUGUCUCUUAUCUCGCUCGAAUAACGACGUUCGUGAAUCGAUAUAAUCGAAUCAUUACGGAACAUCGCUGCUUGUGCGGAGAUGAUGCCCAAUAUUAAUCUCGACUGGAAACCGUGCUUAGUGUCUCCACAUUUUAGUGUUCGAUAGCAAGUUUCAUCAUUAAAUCGUAAGAUAAUUUGCCACAUGAGAUUUGAGAAUAUUUGGGAGAAUAUUAUGAUUAUAAAUUGUGCGUGUGCAUGUGUGUAUGAGUAUAUGGUGGAAAUUUUUCUCCGUAUUGUACAUAGUAUUCAACAGAAAUGAAAAUGACGACGUGGGAGAAAUUUUACAUUUCCGAACUAUGAACCCGUACGUGCUUCGAUUUACGCUCGCUGUAUUAUUAGAGCGUUCUUAUGCAUUAUUGAUGAUCUAGAGAGAUUCAACGUGCAGUACUGAUCAAAGGUGCUAUUUAACAUGCACACGUUGAUCGCUAUAUGAACCGGUAAUUUUACGUCGAAUAUUUUACGAAUUAUAUGCGAGUCAAAAAUUACAAAUUAAUGUUCAUCGCAGUACAAAUGUACCGCAGAAUAUGAUGUAAUAUGUAUAGAAAAUUAUUAAAUUCGUAUAUAAAGAGUAAUAGACAGCGGGACUACAGGGAGAAUUUUUACUUUGCUUGAUUUGAUAAGUAAAUAAAUUUACGUUGGAAGAACGUAUAAAAAAUUAUGAAGGUUUGUGUAACUUUGCUAUUUAGUUAAAAACUUAAUAAGUUUAUUGAUAUUAAUUUCAUAUAUGCAAUGAAAUUUGUAUGCAUUUUGCAAUAGACGAUACCGAAAUUAUUCUAGGCAAAUUGGAUUUGGAUUAUUAUAUUUUCACAGUUUGUAAAUAGAAUUCUGAUAACAUCUUUGCAGACUUUAUUAUCGAUGUGCUUUUUCUCUACCUCUAUUUUUUUUUUGCGAUCACGAUAAAAAGGAUGUAGUUUACACGGAUCGAAUUUUUCAAACAUCGUUAAUUCUUUCGAUGCCAUAUAAAAAAAAGAAAUGAUCUACGCAUGUGUUAUUUCUCUUUGCAUAUUAGAUAAUUUUUGCAAUUGAAAUAUAUGUCAGAGAAAUUAUUCAAUAUUAAAAGUAUCCAGAUAAUUAAGUUGUUAAAUGUUGUAUUCCGUUAAAAAUUUAAUUCUGUCAAAAUGUUUGCAAAUUAAUAUCAUGCACGCGAACAUGAUUACCUUUUAUGCAUCAAGAAUUAAUCUCGGCGCUACAUCAAAAUUCAUGGCAUCCUUUUUCCGCGCAUCGAAAGGGUUAACGUCUGGCAGAGAAAGACACCCAGCACGGUUUCGCACUAAUUAAAUGCAUUAAUUAAGUCUCAGUUAUUUUCGACUCGCGCCGGACGAUACGCCCUUCCUAUAUACAUCGCCAAGAGGAGCAGCAAGCUCUCGUGAUCACAGAGAUCCAAUAGCUAUACGUCGCAACGGCGCGCGUUUCUGGCCAAAAGUAGUUUUUAAGAUAUCCUCGCGCGCGAUUUUAGCACGUCCUUUUAAGGCGGGAAACACGAUCCAACGAAGCGAGAGAGGUUGAGAUUAUUCCGAAUCUUCUACUUUUUGCGAAUUCACCCUCUUUUAUUCUCCAACGCUGAAACAAAGUCUCAUGGAUUAUUAGAUUUUUCGUAACAACAAUCUAGAAUCACUGAACAAUUAGAUUUACAUUUUGUUAUUUUAUUUUAUUUUACAAUCUAGAAAUUUAAUUCAACCCAAUUUUUAUUAGCGAUGUAAAAUAGGCCUUUGAAAAAUAUUGAACGAGAGUGACUGGAGAAUCGACUUUAGGCUGACUUUGUAUUUCCCUGGGUAGGUAUUCUAUAUAUUCGAGGCAUCUUAAAUAUUUCGCUGACUUCGAUGUUUCAAGAACGGUCUUUGGUGCUUGAGGGAGGAAGGCAAGUUGAGCGGACGAACCGUCUUUUCUCUUGUGGCCCCGAAUUUCCGAUGUCGGUCACAAGAUGAAUCGAUAUCGCGAGAGCGGCGGAGAUUUCCGUUUUGAUCCAGGUAGGCAGAUAGGUAACUAAAUAGACAAGCCAUGUAAAUCGUUGGCAGACGUUCAAACUCGUCUAUAAAGGCCGAUGUUCGGCUCAAUUUGCGCAGGAUCGAAGUGAUACUCUUAUUUUUAGUCCGGACGGAUUAUCUCUGAGUCGUUCGAACUGAUUCAACGAAAGACACUUAACUGGCGCUCUGGUAUGCUGGUAUGCUAGUAAGAUAAUACGAUGGAUUCCGAUAUGAUAGUAGAAAGAUUCCUCACAAUCUAUAGUACGAUAAUUCAUCCUUUUUCUCGGUAUUGACGGUUUUUUCUUGUAACAUUUAUCAAUCCUUGUUAAAUCUAUUUAACUUUAAAAUAUACCACAUAGACAUUCACACUUCAUGUCAGACAAAUUUUUCAUAUUUUACGACUAUUAAAUAUUUGCUUUUGAAAAACAUUACGUAUAUUCAAUUGUUUAUUAUGUCAAAUAUUACCGAUGGAUUUACAGAUGCAUACAUGAGAAUUAUUUAUCACAUAUUGAAAUAUUACUUGUGAAUUUACAUAUACGCCUCUACACGAUCAAAUAACUUAUGUAAUUUUCGAGAAAUAACGACUGAAGAUUUAAUAUUUCCGGGUAAAAAUUAGGGCAUCUUCGGGAAGAACUAAUCAAAGUAUCGACUAGUAUCUAGUUGAGUCAGGACAAAACGAGGACUGGCAAAACGACUGUAAUUUUUGACAAUCUAUCUAUCAUAGAGAUAUUCGUGUUGCGCUAAAUCGCGAAAAAGAACAGUGGAGAAAAAUUAAGGGAAACUGUAACGAAUGGCAAGAUCGAAAUUUAAUUUGGUUGAAAUGAGUUUAAUGAGAAAUUGUAUUUUGAAUAACUGAAAAUAAUAAAGUGGAAGUAUAA